UUCAGGUACAUGUCACAAGGAAAACACGCAGAAGCAAGAGAGUUAAUGUAUUCAGGGGCUUUGCUGUUCUUCAGUCAUAACCAGCAAAACAGUGCUGCUGAUCUGUCCAUGCUGGUUUUGGAGUCUUUGGAGAAAUCGGAUGCAAAAGUAGCAGAUGACCUUUUAGAAAACUUGGCUAAAUUGUUUAGUUUAAUGGAUCCAAAUUCUCCCGAAAGAGUGGCUUUCGUAUCCAGAGCACUAAAGUGGUCCAGCGGGGGAUCAGGAAAACUUGGACAUCCAAAACUACACCAGUUACUAGCAAUUACCCUGUGGAAAGAGCAAAACUAUAGUGAAUCUCGGUAUCACUUCUUGCACUCCACAGAUGGCGAAGGAUGUGCAAAUAUGCUAGUAGAAUACUCCUCGUCCAGGGGAUAUCGCAGUGAGGUGGACAUGUUUGUAGCACAGGCAGUACUACAAUUUCUCUGCUUAAAAAAUAAGACCAGCGCAUCAGUUGUUUUCACGACAUACACACAGAAACAUCCUUCAAUAGAAAAGGGUCCACCCUUUGUUCAACCACUGCUAAACUUCAUCUGGUUUCUGUUGUUGGCAGUUGAUGGAGGAAAACUAACAGUAUUUACAGUAUUGUGUGAACAGUAUCAACCUUCACUGAAGAGAGAUCCCAUGUAUAAUGAGUACCUAGAUAGAAUAGGACAGCUUUUCUUUGGUGUUCCGCCCAAGCAGACAUCGUCCUACGGAGGGUUACUAGGAAAUCUUUUAAACAGCCUGAUGGGAACUGGAGAAGAUGACGACACAGAGGAUGGUCAGGAAGACAGCAGUCCUAUCGAGCUCGACUGAGUGGUGGUGUCGUUGGGUGCCGUGUAAAUCUGAUGAUUCGAUGACUCCAAAGACAGUUUUGGAAUUUGAAUCCUGCAGUUGUUUCUUGGCGCCUAAAAGGGCUCCUCCGAUCUUUUAGAAAUGGUUGCUGAAGUGUUUAUAAUGUUCGGUCUAUAUUAUUUAUGUAAAAAAAGAAAGAAACCAACAAAAAGUAGCCAAACGAACCAAUCGGAGCAAUUGUUAGCAGGUUUCCGAUACAGCGGCUGUUGACUUUGAUUAAAAUAUAGUCUUCUACGGUUUCUGAUGCAGUAUUCCCUUUUGCACAGUAAUUCAGUAAAGCAUAAAUAUGGGUCUUGUACUUCACGACCUACCCAAUACCAUCUUUGUUACGAGCAAGCCUCGUUGACCUCUGCCACCUCCAGGGAAGAUCUCGAGAGGCAGGGCGAUCAAUUGACUAAUGUAGUUGCGAGGCUGGUGCCAAAAGUACUGCGAGCCGAGCCGAGCAGCACGAUUUGAGAUGCACGUCCAG